ACACUCUCUCUUUAGUAUUCAGUAUUUCAUUCCUCAACUUUACAAGGUGCUUUUUAGUUCUCUCGCCCCGCGAUUCUCCGAUCGUCUUCUCAAUUUUGAUACUCAGAGAUCAAUAUGUCUCGAAGAUAUGAUAGCCGUACCACAAUCUUCUCCCCUGAAGGUCGACUUUACCAAGUGGAGUAUGCAAUGGAGGCCAUUGGGAAUGCUGGUACUGCAAUAGGUAUCUUAUCAAAAGAUGGGGUUGUUCUAGUUGGUGAAAAGAAAGUAACAUCCAAGCUGCUACAAACCUCAACUUCCACUGAGAAAAUGUACAAGAUCGAUGAUCAUGUUGCAUGUGCCGUGGCUGGGAUUAUGUCUGAUGCCAACAUCCUAAUCAAUACUGCUAGGGUCCAAGCGCAACGUUACUCAUUUGCUUACCAAGAGCCAAUGCCUGUUGAGCAGUUGGUUCAAUCUCUUUGUGAUACCAAGCAAGGUUACACACAAUUUGGUGGUCUUCGGCCAUUUGGAGUCUCAUUCUUGUUUGCAGGAUGGGACAAAAAUUUUGGCUUUCAACUUUACACGAGUGACCCAAGUGGGAAUUAUGGUGGUUGGAAAGCUGCAGCUAUUGGUGCCAACAACCAGGCAGCACAGUCGAUUCUAAAACAGGACUAUAAGGAUGAUAUCACAAGGGAAGAAGCAGUUCAACUUGCACUGAAGGUACUAAGUAAAACUAUGGACAGCACAAGUCUUACCUCAGAUAAGCUUGAACUUGCAGAGAUUUUUCUCUCACCCACUGCAAAAGUCAAGUAUCAAGUUUGCUCCCCUGAAACCCUGACUAAACUGUUGGUGAAGUUUGGCGUGACCCAACCAGCAACAGACACUGCCUAGCCUGCUGUUAAAUGUCAUAUGCAGUUUAAUUAUGCCUAUGAAUAUCAUAUCUUCUUCCUUUCAAAAUAGGCAUGUUAUUUCAAAAAAAAAAAAAUGUCUCUGAAGUUAUUUCAAAGUUCAAGCUUAUAAACAUGUUACAUCUUGGUGAUGCUAA